CUGAAUUUUGAUCACAUGACCAUGGGGAUGCUGCACUUGUCACUUUUUUCACUUUGAACGGUCACUAAACGAACUGUUGUAAGUUGAGGACUACCUGUACCCCACUGUUUGGAACAGUGCAAAUGGACCGAGCCCUUGACAAUGGAAAUGUAUCCCGGGACACCAGAUCAAGCAUUUGCUGUCCAGCUUGGCAUUCUGUCCCCUCCGCGGCUCCGAUCCAUUGAAGGAAUGACCUCGAGGCUUCAGCGCAUCCUUCCCCCACCUGGUGGUCUCCAGAUGUGCCGACGCAGAGUCUCCAGCUUGAAGACGGCUCCGCUGGCGCCGGGAAAGAGACUUUGGAUGUCCCGAGUUGUGUCUUGGUCUUACCUGGAGUGUCAUGGAGGCGGCCUUAGCCUGAAGCGCUCGCCAGCCGCCGCUCCGACCCGGGGCUGAAAGAUGAGGCGCAAACGAAGCAAAAUAAGCAGCGCGACUUUUAAAAUUGCCUCCCCGCGCGGGACUGGGGGGGGGGGAGGCGGCAAUGGAGGAGGCGGAAGAGGGACAGCAGUGUCACGAACUGGCCAGCCCCUCCUCCCCAUAGACGCCCGAAGAGCUUUGGGCGUGCUGGAAGGAGGCGGCGGAAGAAGCGCCCCAGCCCGAGUCCUUGCGCUAGGAGGAAGGGGCAGCGUGUGUGUGUGUGGGGGGGGGGAAGGGUGUGUGUGUCUCUGUCCAAAGCCACGAUCCCGAAGAGCGGCGGCAGGGAAAGCUCUUGUUGUUCUCGCCGGUGAUCCCUUGCAGCGUAUUGCUCCCCCAACAGGCAAAACUUUCUAUUCACACACAGAUCCACACACUGACGUCUUUUGCGCAUUUCCUGCAUUGGGGAGAUAGACACACCGAGCGAGCGAGCGAGGGAGCGAGCGGGCCAGCUGGGGGAGCCUUCCUCGCCCAGCAUCAGGCAAGCUUAGCCUGUGGCACAAGCCAGACCAGCGGCCUUGGGGAGGGGGGAGGGAAGGGCUGGAACCUCGUUUGACGGCGUGAGAUUUUUUUUUUUUUUAACUGAUCCUCUGAACACAACAGAAAAGAACCGCCCUCCUUUCCCGAGCAGGUCGAUCGGGAGCAGUUUCUCCUCAUGCAUUGGAUUCGAUCCCCUGGAUCCUUGGCCUUGGAAGAGGAGGAGGAGGAGGCGGAGAAGGCGAGGAAGCUCCCGCGACAGCCGAGGCGGAUGUAAGGUUCCUCGGACUGUGUGAUUCCCCCCUCCCCUUCAGUCGGAAGGCUGCGAAGUGGGCAGGGCUGCGCGUUAGGUUCGGUGUUCCUGGGUGUUUGGUUUUCUUUCCGACCCCCUUCCCCCUCCUCUCCUCUCCCCUCCCUCCCCUCCCCUGUUGUUCCUGCCGCCGCCGCCGCCGCCGCCGCCGCACAGGCAAGUCAGCAGCAGAGCGUGAGCGCCGGAUUGCUUUCAGCGGAGGACUGCUCAAGGAUUAUGCUCUAAAGAGAGAAAGACGACCGGUGGUGGUGGUGGUGGGGAAGUCUUUCUUUAAGAAAAAUAAUAUAUAUGCAUAUACAUAUAGAUAUAGAUACACUCCUGUAUCCCCCGCUCAGAGGAUCUUUUGAAUGUGCUGCGAUUGCAUCUCGGAUUUCUGCAAGCAGGAACGCGAUCCCUCUCCCCUUCCCUUCGCCCCCCGCUUUGUUUUUCCGUUAACACACACACACACAGGCCAAUCUCUCUUAAAUAUAUGCGUGUGUGUUUGUAUGCAUGUGUAUAUACACAUGUGUGUGUAUAUAUAUAUGUAUGCCUGUAUGCAUUCACUGGGUGUCGCAAGAGGAAAAACUAGCCAAAGCCACCGAAAGGAGCCCCCUACACCCACCCACCCCCCACUUCACUUAAACCUGCCUUCUUAUUUAUUGAGACAUCUCCUAGAAACCUUCCUGGCUCCGGAGCGUGCUUAAUCCCAAGGAAAAGUGAAGCCAUCUAACCAUGGUGGUUUUUAAUGGCAUGCUGAAAAUUAAAAUCUGCGAAGCGGUGAAUCUCAAACCCACCCCUUGGUCGCUAAGGCAUGCGGUGGGUCCAAGGCCACAGACCUUUUUACUGGACCCAUACAUUGCCCUCAAUGUGGACGAUUUCAGGAUCGGGCAGACCUCCACCAAGCAGAAAACCAACAGCCCUGCCUGGAACGACGAAUUUGUUACCGAUGUUAGCAAUGGCAGGAAGAUUGAAAUGGCCGUUUUCCACGAUGCCCCCAUCGGGUACGACGAUUUUGUAGCUAACUGUACUAUCCAGUUUGAGGACUUGCUGCAGAACGGGAGCCGGCACUUCGAGGACUGGAUUGAUUUGGAGCCAGAAGGAAGAGUGUACGUCAUCAUAGAUCUUUCAGGCUCUUCAGGUGAAGGGGAAGGAACUUCAGAAGAUAGCAGAUCAAAUUCUGUACAUUGGAGUCCCACUCAAAGAAGAGGAACUUCAAUCAUCUCACCAAAAGACAAUGAAGAAAGAGUAUUUAGGGAACGGAUGCGCCCCAGGAAGCGCCAGGGGGCAGUGCGACGCAGGGUCCAUCAGGUUAAUGGGCACAAGUUUAUGGCCACCUAUCUUAGACAACCAACCUAUUGUUCACACUGCCGAGACUUUAUAUGGGGAGUAAUAGGAAAACAAGGGUACCAAUGUCAAGUUUGUACUUGCGUAGUCCACAAGCGAUGCCAUGAGCUUAUAAUAACAAAGUGUGCUGGCUUGAAGAAGCAGGAAGCCCAUGAUGAGGUGGGUUCUCAGCGUUUCAGUGUCAACAUGCCUCAUAAGUUUAGCAUUCACAAUUACAAAGUGCCCACCUUCUGUGACCACUGUGGUUCAUUGCUUUGGGGUCUUCUGAGACAAGGUUUACAAUGCAAAGUUUGCAAGAUGAAUGUACAUAGACGCUGUGAAACAAACGUAGCACCCAACUGUGGAGUAGAUGCCAGAGGGAUAGCUAAAGUACUUGCGGAUCUCGGCGUUACUCCAGAUAAGAUCACUAAUAGCGGACAAAGGAGGAAGAAGCUUGUUCCAGGUGCAGAAUCUCAACCGCCAGUUCCUGGAUCCUCACCAGGAGAAGAUGACAGAUCAAAGUCAGCACCAACUUCCCCAUGUGAUCAAGAAAUCAAAGAGCUUGAAAAUAACAUUAGGAAAGCAUUAUCAUUUGACAAUCGGGGAGAAGAACACAGGGGAGCAGCAACCAGCUCAACUGACAACCAACUUAACACACCUGGGGAGAAUGGGGAAAAUGGAGAAGUCAAAGCUCAGACAAAGCGAAUGGGCCUUGAGGAAUUUAACUUCAUUAAAGUAUUAGGAAAAGGCAGCUUUGGAAAGGUCAUGCUGGCGGAACUCAAAGGUAAAGAUGAAGUAUAUGCUGUGAAAGUCUUAAAGAAAGAUGUCAUUCUUCAAGAUGAUGAUGUGGACUGUACAAUGACAGAAAAGCGGAUUCUGGCAUUAGCACGAAAGCAUCCUUAUUUAACACAGCUCUACUGCUGCUUCCAGACCAAGGACCGCCUAUUUUUCGUCAUGGAAUAUGUCAAUGGAGGAGACCUAAUGUUUCAGAUUCAACGUUCACGCAAAUUUGACGAGCCUCGCUCCCGCUUCUAUGCAGCAGAAGUCACAUCGGCACUCAUGUUUUUACAUCAACAUGGCGUCAUCUACAGGGAUCUGAAACUGGAUAAUAUUCUUUUGGAUGCAGAAGGUCAUUGCAAACUGGCUGACUUUGGAAUGUGCAAGGAAGGAAUCUUGAGUGGAGUAACAACUACUACCUUUUGUGGAACACCAGACUACAUAGCUCCAGAGAUCCUCCAGGAAUUAGAAUAUGGUCCUUCCGUAGACUGGUGGGCACUGGGGGUACUCAUGUAUGAAAUGAUGGCCGGACAGCCUCCCUUUGAAGCUGAUAAUGAAGAUGACCUCUUUGAGUCUAUCCUCCAUGAUGAUGUACUAUAUCCAGUAUGGCUUAGCAAAGAAGCUGUCAGCAUUUUGAAAGCUUUCAUGACAAAAAACCCAAACAAACGUCUGGGCUGUGUGGCAUCUCAGAACGGUGAAGAUGCCAUUAAACAGCAUCCAUUCUUCAAAGAAAUUGACUGGGUUCUUCUAGAACAAAGGAAAAUUAAGCCACCUUUCAAACCUCGGAUUAAAACCAAAAGGGAUGUAAAUAACUUUGAUCAAGACUUUACACGAGAAGACCCAAUAUUAACACCGGUGGAUGAGACAAUUAUAAAGCAAAUCAACCAAGAAGAAUUUAAAGGCUUCUCAUAUUUUGGAGAAGAGCUGCUGCCAUAAGAUAUUUCCCCCAACCCCUAAAUUGGAACCGCCAGAUCACAGAUGCUGCAAGUUGUGUUCUGAAAAAUCCUCCAGCUACACCAUCAAGAACUGCUUCUCUGACCAUGAGCCUAAACCCAUUACUUUCUACUGUCUAUUUAUUGUUAUAUUUCUUUGAUCUGGAGGCACUCAUAAUAGCUGUUUUACAGAGCAAUGCAAAAUAUUUUGUAUUAGAAACUGUAAAGGUAACACAUUGCUGUUAUUUUUUGCUGCUGUCUCAUUCUCUCCUUCUCUCUUUCUAUUCACACUUUCUUUUAUUUUCAGUAAGGCUUUGUCUUUUUUAAAAUCACCUAGCACUGUCAAAAGUAAUUUGUUCGACCAUUUUUAACAUUUAAAAAUCACUAGGAAUUUUAGCUUCAUUUUUAAUGAUUAAAAUUAUGGUCUAGAGUAUGUAGUGAAGAUUAGAUAACUUUUUUCCAAGAUGCCAUAAAUAGGUAUCUCAUCACAUUGUGCUAGAGGGAUAAGUAUAUGUGUUAUAUUAUUAUGGAGAGAGAGGAAUACUUCUUUAUGACUUAUUUUCAACUCAGAUAUGAAUCUAUAAAUCAGCCAUAAGAUUUACUGAGCUUGGAAUCAGCUCAUUGCAUUCUGUGAUGAUUGCCCGGGGCCUUAUGAAGCAUGGGAGAUUUAACAUAAAACCCUUUUGUCAUUGAUUUCAAUAGAUUGUCAAUAGGAAUGGUUAAGCUUGCACCCUUAACAUUCAAAUGGAUAAAUUUGGAGUGACCUUCAAUUCCUCAAUAGACAGCUCUUUCCAUGUUACGUUGCAUGGAAUGCAAUCUUAGGAAAUUGAAGUUUUUGCAUUUAGUGUCAGGCAAGAGAAAUAUGCCCCUAAUCUGUCAAAUGUUAUCUUCUCCUCAAAAUAUCUAACCUUCUCCUCAAAAAAGAAGAGUGUUUUUCAACCUCAGCGGCUUUAAAAUGUGUAGACUUCAACUCCCAGAAUUCCCCAGCCAGCAUGCAGGAGUUGAAGACCACAUCAUCUUAAUGUUGCUGAGAUUGAAAAACUAUGUCUUAGAAGAUAAACACUGAUUUUAAAUCUUAUCUGGAGAGGCAAAACCUCUGGGAACCAUUUGAAGAGGAAAAAGCAGCUGCUCUAAGUUAAGUGGUAGGCACCUCUCCACUCUUAGGACUACAUAUUUUAAAAUUUUAGGCUCAAGAUUGCUUUAAAAACAUAACAAGAAUAAAUUGGGGGGGGGGGCUUUAACUUUUUGUCUCCUGCUGUUAUCCUAAUUUGGAUUGUAGUUUCUACUGUAGAUAUAAGCAACUCUAUUUAGUCUGAUGGGGAACAAACCCCCCAUAUUCUUCCCCUUAGACUCACUGAAAUAAUUCAGAUUUCAUCUUGCUCAGCUAAUUUCAAUUCAGUUCCUUUAUUAGGCGUGUUUUAAGUUUGUCUGGCUCCAACUCUAGGCUAAAAGUUCUACAUGUUUGGGCUAAUCAUGCAAGUAAUUUAUACAACCCAACGUAAUCAUUUCUUUUCAAUUCAUGUGCUUAGAAUGGAGAUGCCAGAUUUCCAAUAUUCAAAAUAAACUGAAUGAAGCAUUUACCCUUGAAAGGCAAGCAUUUUAAAUAUAUGAGAGCUGAGAUCUGUCUAGGUCAAUAUAUCUCCUAAUUGGUGGUCCAGGUAUAAUGUCAUGUACACCUUCAUUAAUUGCUGUCACAAGGCAUUGUUGCCACACUGCUUGCUCUUUACCUGGUGAGGAAAGAGAUUCUAGAAACUCACUUAGUUCUAGUACACAUAAGUAGUUUAGUCCACUGUGUAGAGGCUGAAAUCCACAAAAGCAACUGAAAACAGUUUCUGUUUGGUAGCUUAUCAUGCAUCUGAGAUCUCAGUUGAACUCAGACUGGCUUUCAUCCAGGCUAAAUGAAAAGGUAACUGAAAUGUUGAUACACUACAAUUUUUCAGAACUUGGAUUAAAAAAAAUACACUGCCUUGGUCGAUUGAAAACUCCUGCUCUGUUUGCGAUUAGAAGCGACAGAAUUCUUUAUUUGAAUUCUCAGAAUUCAAAGAUGUGAACAAGAUUAUCUGCCCUAAUCUGCUUCACAACCAGAUCAAAGGAAAAGACAGUGUUCCACAUGCAAUCAGAAGUUGCCAUGAUAUAUGGACUUAUUUCAGAGUUAAUUAAGCUGCAUCAGAUGCAGAGAAAAUGGGAAAGUUGCAGAGAAAAUGCUAGUGAUGGAUACACCAAGGCCAACUCUUCCUUUAGCUGCUUCUUGGUUUUACACUGUCCAUAGUCAGAACCAGGGUUUAGUGAGGCAAGGGCUGCUCUAAGCUUCUGAGUUGAUGGCUGCCCAGGAAUAAGGCAGUCAAUUGCUGGGGAUUGUUUCCUUUUAAUUCUGAUGGGAGCCUAGAAGGAGAGUGUCAUUAGGAUGAAAAAGCCAUUGUAUGCUAUGCAGGACUUCCAUAUUAUGAUUGUGAGGCUGAACUGUGCCACUUUUACCCACAAGUAAACCUCAAACACGAUGGAACUUAUUAUUAAGCAAACACUCAUUGAAAACAUAGUUAGAAACUCUAUGAUGUUCUUCUUGAAAUCUGUUUCUUGCAACUGUUUUUUUUUUUUCUAGAAAUGCAAGUAACUGACAGGAAGAAAUCCUACUCCUCUCUUUUCUAUGGGUCUCAUCCAUACUUAUAGUAGAGCAGCUUGCUAAAACAUUAACAAGCCAUGCGGUGAUACUGCAGUGAAUGGGGCAAAACGAUUUUCCACCUCACCCAAAAACGUAUAUUUUAAAAAGUGUUUUGUUGCAAGGGUGGGUCUUGAAAAAACAAAUAGUCUUGACUGAAAGCAUUGUGAUUAAAAUAAUAAAUGCUAUGGAAAACAUUUCAGGAAAAAGCUAUUUUUUUAAAGAAUACAUGACUUUUUAAGAGUUUUUAUUUAGAAAUUAUAACUAAUUUUUUUUAAAAAAAUCACUAACACAAAUGCUACAAAGACAGGUGUUUAAAGGGCUAAGAAUGGACAAAUUCUCCAAAAGCCUAUACUAGCUUUAAUAAAGCAGCAUAGGUUUCCUACAGUUGUUACAGCUGCUUUGCCAUAUUCAUGAUAAUCCUUCCAUAGUAAAAACUGUUUAAAAACGUGUGCCUAAAUCGUUUAUGUCACUGGUGCAUUGACAGGUGUGAAGGAGACUUAAGGAGGAGGGGGAGCCUCUUUUUCAUGUAUUGAACCUGAAUGGUUAUCUGCUUUGCUUAUUUAAUUUUAAUUUCAAUAGCAGUGUGUUACUUUUGCAGGCUUUUACACACAAAAAUGGGACGACCCAUCUUUCAUUGUACAUAGCCUCUGUCCUCCCUUUCUCUUUGCUGAGUGCUCACCUCCAGUUACCUCUGUCCUCUUCUGGGGUCCCAUGUAAAGGGGCCCUGGUCAACAGCAGAGGGUUGGAGACGGAGAUCCUGGAAUGCCAUACUACUGUACUGUGGGUCAGCCCAGUAGUACUACUGUUUGGUUGUGAAAAGCUGACAUGAUAACUCUGGUCAAUAGGAAUACCGCAAAGCAAAGCCAUUCAUGAAACGAAAAAGGAUGGAGAGACUAAGUUCAAGAUUCAAAAACUGACAUUGUUGAAGGUUGUAAAUGGAUUUCUUGUGUAAUCAUGACAAACUGGUAACUCAUAUGGAAAAUACAUUAAGAAAGAAAUGUGAAGUUACUGCUUGUAGAUAUGCUGAUAGUGUUAUUUACUCAUAUUUCUGGGAAUACUGCAUUUUUGUAUAUGUGAGCGUGGACAUGCGUGCUUAUAUAUGUAUCAUUCAUAUAUAUAUAUAUAUAUAUAUAUAUAUAUAUAUAUAUAUAUAUACACAUAUAUAUACAUGUGUGUGUGUAUAGAUCAGUCUAUAUAUAUAGACUGAAUGAGCAGUUAAGGGAAUCUUUUUUAUUUGUUGCACUUGGAUUUUUCAUAUACACACACACAAACGUACAUGCACACUUACAUACAGGGUGUACCAAAAGUGAAGCCCCAUAGACACUUUAUUAUAAAAAUUACAUAAAAUGUUUGAAUUGGUUGUAAUUUUCUUCUCUUCCUUAGUCAUUUAACAUCUGUCAUUUAUAAUAUAUGACCUUUUUCUCUGAAAAAAAAUUAAUAAAGCAUAUUGUCUGUGCUUAAAGUGUAUUGGCUAUGGAGCCUGACUUUUGGAUAUGGGGAGAUAGAGUGGCAGUCAUAAAGCAUUUUCCCAACUCUCUCUCUCUCUCUCUCUCUCUCUCUCUCUCUCUCUUUCUCUCUGUACAAGUGAGGAUCUCUCUCUCUCUCUUUCUCUCUCUCUCUGUACAAGUGAGGAUUUGUAUAUAGAUGUUUAUUGCAAGGCCUGUGGAAUUCAAUGAAUAUAGAGGUAUCAAUUGCUGCAUGUUCAGGCAUAUUAUUAAAAUUAGCCUAUGAAAGAAUAAUUAUGAUUAUGUCCAUGUGCAAUACUCUAUUUGUGUAUUGGUUCAAGUUAUUGUCAAAGAUGAAUUUCCCUCCCUUUUUUUGUUAUAGGACAGAUGUAAACCUAUAUUAAGCUGUAAUGAUUCUCCUGUAUAGUUCUCUUAAACUGUAUAUGGAAUGGUAGAGAGAGUGGGGAGAGGGGGAGAGAAGGGACCAUUAUUGACCAAAGCACAUCUUUCAGCACAUGUCCCCAUCUCAUGUGAUCUCUAUGAGAAGAAAAUUGUUGCAGAAAGGUUUCUUCUUCAGAGAACAUAGAACCUCCUGGCUAUCAAAAGUGACCUUCCAUGCUAGUAGACAGGAACAGCAUCCAAACCGGGUAUCCCUGAACAGUUACAGAAGCCUGCUCUGAAGCCCCUUUUAAAAAUGCUUUGUCAGCAGUUUGAGCAAGGAUAAUCUGUCAUAUAAAAUAUUAUGUGGUAAAUUACAAAGAGCAAGACUUAACUAUUUGAUACAUGGAUAAAAUUGGUCAAAUUGUAGCAGAUUGGUGCCUUCAGAUGAGUCCAGAGGAACCCACCAACCAAAGCAGGAUUGCCUCAGGGCAUACAAUCCAUAGCAUAUAGACACCAUGCCCCAAUUUCCAGAAAAAGCACCUGUCAUGGGCUUCUCCCAUGUGGCCUGUAACUUCCCAUAAUGUGGCAAGAAGCCACAUAGAGUGAUUCCCAGGCCUCAAAGUAGCUUGAAAAGGUGGUGCAAGGCAUCUUUUUAAAGGGACAGAUUAGGUUACAUCAGUUUUGUGUGCAGCUGUUCAGAGCCACUUUUGCUGACAAAGAAAUUUAAUUUCCUUAUGUUGUGUUUUUUUUUAAAACUCAGGUGUAAUUAUUAUUAUAUAUAAAUAUAUAUACAUAUAUGUAUGUAUUCAUAUGAGGAUUUCAGAAUAUUAAAUAUGCUACACCAAGUCAUGUGUUGUCUGGCUUACCAAAGUAAUAAAGUAUCAAACAUUGUUAAAUAAUUUAUUUUAUUUUUAAUAAAAACUAAGGGGCUGGGGCAGGGGGAAUAAAUUGCAUCUCCUCACCCUCUGGCUUCUAGAGUGAAAGCACAGAAAUAUCACAAAGGACACAUCAUCUCAUUGUAUUUUCAUUUUAGAGGGAAAGAGUGUAAAAAUGUCCUUUAGUUUUUGAAGUUUCAUAUCUGUUCUGUAUAUUUUUUUUUCUGGUGUUAACUUUGAACAUCCAGUGCAAGAAUGAACAAAGCCAAGUAGUGUUUUCUAUAGAUGAAUGGAAACUUUGGAGAUUGCAAAAGGCCUCCCAAAACUAUUUGUAGGUUGGCUAAACUGCAGAAUGAUUGUCCAGCGCACUUGUUUGCAUGGCAUGCAAAGGUCUUUAUGCAAAAUGGAGAUUAGUGGUUCUUUAUAAGAAAAUGAAACAUGCAUUCCACAAAGCUUCUGUAAGCAAAAUUGUGGAGUAUAUGACUUCCCUUUCCUGGCAUGCACAAUUUCUGAGAAACAUUUAUGCUAAUAAGAAAUGCCCCAGUUCCUGCAUUUCUCUCUUUAGGAUGCUGAAUGGGAAAAAUUAAUGUUUUUGCAUGCAAAGAUAUUUCAGCUGUAAUCCUGAAGUCCACCUUGAUCCUGCAACAGAAACCCAUGCAAUUAAACUUUGAUGGCUUUUGCCCAUGGCAGAUAUGUGGCUAACAAGUAUAUCUCAGGCUGUAUCAUGAUACCUGAACCUGAAUGUAUAUUUAGUUGUCUGGGUUAAUGUUCGGAUUAUUUUUUUUAUGGAAAUGGGUGAAUCUAUCAGCAUGCAAGGCCACUAAAGAGGAUGCAUGACACCAACUGAACUGAAAGCCAACAGAACUGAAGCAGUUUGGUUGCGUGCAAAACCUCUUGCUGCCAUCAGCAUAUAGGUGAGUUCUGUUCCUGAAAUGGUCCAUUUAGCAACUUCCUCAUUUUCCUCAAAUUUUCAAAAAAAUUAGCAGGUGAUUAAAAGUUUUUUCCUUUUGUAAAGUUUUUUCCUUAUCCUUCUGAAGUGAUGGGAGAAGGAUACGUAAAAAAUGUGCAAAAUGCCAAAUGAAAAAAUGGGAAGAAAUCACAACAGACCACUUUUUCUUGCUUUGUUUUUUUGAAGUCACUGUCCAUGGGGAUAGUAUUGCCUCUCUCUCUACAAUAAAACUAAUGCUGUCUCUCUGGAAAGGCUUUAAAAAAAAUAUGAAAUUUACUGAGUGCUACAGGACCAGGUAGUAUUUUGUUUUUGUUUUGUUUUGUUUCUUUAUUUGUGAGAUUUUUUUGUACAAACUUUUUCCUACAGUUGUAAUUUAAAUCUCUUGCCAUUCAUUAGGGUUAUUUCACUGUAGCCAUUAUUACUGUGCCAAAUGUACUGUAUUCUCAAGUAUGUGAAUGUGUAUUGUUUCAGAAGCUAAUAAAUACUAUGAUGUUAAGAAUGUU